CUGAAUUUCUGUUGACCUUCAAACUAUAAACACUGAGAUUCCCAGGAUGUAAGAAAUACACUGCUGUGUCAUGCAGCCGCUGGGUUUGCUGUUGAAGCUGAUGGCCACKGCGGGCACAGAAAUGCUCUGUUAAACAAAGUACACUAAGAUAAUCCCAGGAGGUUGGAGUUGUUGGUGAGAACUUCCAGCUUUCCUGCUGUCCUUGGCAGAAGGGCCCCUUUUGGGACAGUAGCUCCCUGCAAAGGCUGCCAUGGCGAGCAAAAGAAAGUCGACAACUCCGUGUAUGGUGCGGACUUCGGAAGUGGUGGAGCAGGAUGCAGCUGAGGGUGCAGAAACCCCUAAGGAAAAGGGGGCUGUCGCCCCACAGCAGCAGGACACUAAGAAAAGCUGGGCUGCAGAAGGCUCCGUGAAAGACUGUGAAGUGGUUGAGGCCAAGCCCCCACCCGAGAACCAAUCCAAGAAACCCCAGGGUGGCUAUGAAUGCAAAUACUGCCCCUACUCUACACAGAACUUAAACGAAUUUACAGAGCACGUUGACACUCAGCAUCCCAACGUCAUUCUCAACCCUCUGUAUGUUUGUGCUGAAUGUAACUUUACAACCAAAAAAUACGAUUCCCUAUCUGAUCACAACGCAAAACACCACCCAGGAGAGAAUAAUUUUAAGUUGAAAUUAAUCAAACGCAAUAAUCAGACUGUGUUAGAGCAGUCCAUUGAGACCACCACGAACAGCGUCACUGUCGCUAGCGGUGGGCUGGAGGGUGCAGAGUGCGACGACCCGCUUCGCGGGGGGCUUAGUGCAGGCAAAACCCCACUGAUGAAACUGGGAAAGCCUAAAGUGGAAACCAAGAAAGGCCCCAAGAAGCCAGAAGAGGGACUUGYGGACAAUCACGUGGAUGGGACUCUGCCCCGCAUCAUAACUGAAGCCACUGAAGCUAUCGCUUGCAUAAAUGGGGACCUUCUCCACGAUGUSUUAGCUCAUGUUAUGCCCUCUGUACAGCUGCCACCAAAUAUUAACCUUCUCCCCAAGGUGCCAGUACCUCUGAACAGUACCAAAUAUAACUCUGCACUGGACACUAAUGCAACCAUGAUCAACUCCUUUAACAAAUUCCCUUACCCAACACAAGCAGAGUUGUCGUGGUUGACAGCGGCCUCAAAGCACCCCGAGGAGCAAAUCCGAAUCUGGUUCGCUACUCAGCGCUUGAAACACGGUAUAAGUUGGUCUCCAGAGGAAGUGGAGGAGGCGAGAAAGAAGAUGUUUAAUGGUACCAUCCAGGCAGUCCCCCAAACCAUCACUGUCCUACCAGCUCCUUUGACAACUGCAAAAAUUCCCCAGCCCAUCAUCCAGACGGCUCUGCCAUGUCAGAUACUGGGCCAAACUGGUCUGGUCUUGACUCCCGUGUCAAAUGGCUCAGCGGUUUCCUGUUCGCCAAUAACUCUCGCUGUUGCCCCUAACCAGGGGCAGAAGAGAACGAUACAGACCCUAUCAAAUCUCCCGGAGGCCAAGCGUCCCCACAUUGUUCCGGUGCCGGAGCUUCCCGCCAAGCUGAGCRCCGCGCCGCUGCCUCCGGCAAGCGAGCGGAAGAAGACCAAGGAGCAGAUAGCGGAACUGAAGGCCAGUUUCACRGCAAGCCAGUUCCCCGACGAUGCCGAAAUCUACCGGCUGAUAGAGAUGACGGGUCUGUCCAGGAGUGAGAUCAAGAAGUGGUUCAGUGACCACCGGUACAGGAGUCAGCGGGGCAUUGUGCAAGUGAGUGACUCGUUAGCAAAAGAUCAAUUAAUAACCGCAACGGGGCGGUAUGGCCGUUCAUUCCACCCUUAUGCAGAGUUUACACCUCAGAGAUUCAAAGAGAAAACCCAAGAGCAGCUUAGAGCCCUUGAAGAGAGUUUCCUAAGAUGUUCUUUUCCAACCCAAGGAGAAUUGGACAGGCUUCGAGUGGAGACUAAACUGAGUAGGAGGGAGAUUGAUUCAUGGUUCUCGGAGCGGAGGAAGAUAAGGGACAGCAUGGAGCAAGCAGUCUUGGAYUCGAUGGGAUCAUACAGAAAAACAAAAGAUCAAGGAACCCACAAUGGUGCAAUAAGCCAGACAGAACUGCUGACCAGCUCCCAGCUACCUGGCUCUUUAUCCGGGUCCUCUGCAGUGUUGAAUAAGAAAACCCAAGAGCAGGUUCAUUUACUGAAAAGCACGUUUGCAAGAACCCAGUGGCCGUCCCCGCAGGAGUAUGACCAGUUAGCAGCUCAGACAGGGCUCACGAGAACUGAAAUUGUUCGCUGGUUCAAGGAGAACCGGUCGUCGCUAAGAACGGGGUCACUGAAAUGGAUUGAUCAGUAUCAACAGCAGCACGUGGCUGAGGGGCACAACGAGCAAAACCAGAAAAAGGGACCAAAACGCACGGAGAGCCCAAAGAAUGGCAGCGAGGUGCCGCGGCAGCCUUACCAGGAGCAUAAAAAACUGAACGAGGAGAAUGGGGGAAAAGUAGUUGUGAGGUCAAAAAGAGACUGUGAACCACUGAAAGACUCUUUGCUGGGYAACCAAGCGGAGGGGACGGAGAGGCUGGAGUGCAACAGCCACGAGGGCCCCGGCAGCGAGGAGAACGAGGAGGCGGCGGGUGCCAGCUGGGUGGAGGUGACGGUGGGCGAGGAUGAGGCUGCAUCGGACUGUGCCAACAGCUGGAGCCAAGCUGCGCCCGCGGGCCAGGCGGAGCUGGCAGACUGUGAUUCUGAAAGUGUGUCUGGAGACAAUUCCCACGUGUAGACAGGUGAGAAGCUCUCCAGCCUUGCUUUGUUCUGCUUGCUCAUGAUGGAGGUUUAGGAAAUGCCCCAGACGAAGCCCUGCGGUGUUUUAGCAGCUCUUCACUUGAGCCUGAAUUUAAAAACAGACUCCAGAGCUUUUCUGAAGGGGGUUAAUUUGGAGACCUGAAGCCUGUUUGUAAUUAGGCAGGUAUAAAUUCAGAGCAAGCACCAUCAGUUUUUUGUUUGUGGGGUUUUUUUUUUUUUUCCUCCACUUGGAGCCUUCAAUAUUUUAUGUUUAAUGUAGUCGAGAUCUGAUUCUCUCCCUGACUGGAGUCUGCUCAAGCUAGAAACUAUCCAACAGCAAAUGCCCCACAAUGCAUUAACAAGCACACAGAACAUUUAUUUUAGAAAUAACUAAUAGUUGUCUGAUACAAACUGAUUUUCUGAUACAAAUAUCUCUGAUACAAAUCUCAGUUCUCUGAUAUUUUUUCACACAAAAAAAUAAAGCUAGGGCUGACAAAAGUUUUUGCCCCUAAAGGCUUUUGUUAUUGCAGCUUUGCAAUGCUUGAGUUGAACUGUUAAAUGUGCCCGAGCAGCUUUUCCUUGCAAGCCACACAGGCUAGUUCAGAGCUCUCCACUUUCUCCUUGUGAACCACUUAUCCAAAAGCCUCCUGAACAUUUGCUCCAAGUUUGAAAGAGAAGCACUCGAGUGAUUUUAUUUUUGAGCUACAACUUGUAUAGACUUUAAUUUUGAGGAAUGUCACAACGUCUGUAUCACAACGUCUGUACUGCAGAAUGUUUUAAAGCUGCAUUACAACACAUCAUUCUGCAUCCUGCUUGCAAAGGAGCAAGGCUGCAAGGAGCAGGUGUGUUAGCUGAGGGGCCUGCACUGAUGUUGAAGGAAGGAGAGGAGRGCUUGGGAAGGGCAGUGAGGACUAGCUGCUUCUGGCCUCUGCAGCACAUGGUUCUCUUUGGGUGCCACUACAGUUUCUGUAGUUUCUGAAGGUAGGUAUAAAAUCAGAGCUGGGAAUGGGUCUGUCAUUUAAAGACAAAUGAGAAAAUAUACAAAUAUACAUAUAUAAAAAUAUACUCAUAUAUACACUCAUAUAUAAUGAGUGUAGAAUAGGAAUCUUUUCCCCUCAGUGUGUUAUGCCAGAUCGGUUCCUUGUUCCAGGUAUGAAUUUUUGUGCCACUGUAAUGGAGGAAAGGCAGCAUGCCAGGGGUAGGAKUGAGAGUGAGGGUAGGAGGCUAGGAGAGCAUGGGAUUACUUUAGUAAAGCGUUAUGUUUUGGCAAACACUUUGUGUCAUGAAACUAAGCUCUGCUGCAGCCCUCUUCCAGCAGCAUGGCUUCAGUGGCUGCAUCUUUAGUGUCUGUGAGCAGUGUGGGACGCASUGUGGUCAGAAACCUCUGACUUGAGCCCUCCCAGACACAGGAACCAUCCAUAAAGCUCCACUGCUGUGCAGGGGGUUGAGCACCAUCAGAGGGGAAUUCCAAUGAAAGCUUUGAUCUCAGUUAAACUUUCACCACUUGAUCUUUUUGCUAGGGAGCUUUCAAGUGGUUGAUAAUAAAAUACACCUCCUGAGAGAGACACACUGGAGCAAGACUUGCCUGACACAGGUGACUGGCUUGAGGCUGGGUGUCACUCUGCCCUCCGCUAGGCCUCAAGAACACAGGCACUUGAAAGAUAGCUUGUCUGUGCUGACUUGACACUUAAUAUAUUCUCAUAUAAAAGUGAUUUUUCUAAUACUGGACCUCUCUGUACCUUGGAGGGUCCACAUUGCUGUCCUGAYUUCAACUAUGACUGCCCAGUGCUGAAGAGCUAAGGGGAGUCUUCCUCAUCUCCCCUUCCGCUCAGCUCUAGUCAUUAUGUGAGGCUUUCCUUGCUCUACUUGAUGUCAAACAGGCAUCAAACGUAGCCCUUUGAUASUCAUGUUACACUUUUUAGUGUGAUAUAUGGGCUUUACCGUGAAUGUUGUUCUCUUUCCAACCUUGGUCUGUUAUGGGCUGRGUUCACGUGCAACUUCUGGGAAACCUGGAGUGCUCCAGAAGUACUCGGAACCCAGGCAUGUAGCUCUAGAAGUUUCUGAACUUCCU